AUGUGCGAUAGUGACGAUCCGGGUGAAGGCAGAUCUGGCAUGGAUCUGACUGGGUUUUUAUUUGGUAAUAUUGACGAACGAGGACAAUUAGAAGACGAUGGACUUCUUGAUGGAGACUCGAAGAAAAUGCUAUCAUCGCUGACUCGCUUUGGAUUUGGGUCGAUGCUCUCGGAAGUUCUUGACCAAGAAGAAGUUAGUAAGGAAGACCAAGAAAAAGAUUAUACACAAAAGAGUCCGUCUGCCGUAGACUUUUUUGAUAUUGAUGAUGCCGUUGAUGAUGUCAAGGAACUAGAGAGUAGUGCUAACAAUGCACAGAAAGACACGACAAACACAGAGGCUCAGGGAACAAAGGGUGAUAAGUCGGAAUCGGUCGUUGAUAGCAAUUUUCCACAGAGUGAGGCCAAAGAAGAUGGUAACUGGAAGGAAGAUGAUAUUUUUCAGUCUGGACAAGCAACCAAUGAUGAGGGGUACGAAGGAGAUAUGGAAGGGGAUGGCGAACUCAUGCCACCUCCAUCUACAAUACCGUCACAUAAAUCGUCUUCGGAGAGACCAAAACGAUUGGAAACUCCAUUGGCUGCUAUGUUACCGUCUAAGUACGCUAAUGUUGAUGUGAGAGAGCUGUUCCCAGACUUUCGGCCUGACAAAGUUCUAUUAUUCUCUCGCCUCUUCGGGCCGGGCAAGUUGUCGAGUUUGCCGCAAAUAUGGCGCGGUGUAAAGAAGCGUAGACGUCGCAAGCGCAGUGGCAGCACUAGUAGUGACACUCCACCGACGCCUGCUGAAAACCAGGAAGUGCAAUAUGCUAGCGAUGAUGAGGACAAGUUACUUAAGCCCAUGGAAGAGAACCAGCAAACGAAUACAGAUAACAACUCGAACAAUUCAAAUGAUAAGUCUCAAAGACCGACUCCUGCGCACUGGCGGUUUGGGCCUGCGCAGAUGUGGUAUGACAUGCUCAAUGUGCCUGAGACUGGAGAUGGAUUCGACUAUGGAUUUAAAGCUAAGGCACCUUCACCAGAAAGAGAAGAAAAUAAACCAAAAGAAGUUGAGGAAGAGAAACCAGAAGAGAAGAAAGAUGAAGUGGAUUCAGAUAGUGGAUUCCCAGAUGAUUCCUUUCUCAUGGUAUCGCAGUUGCAGUGGGAGGACGACGUCAUAUGGGAUGGAAGCGAAAUCAAGCAUAAGGUGCUAGCUCGCCUAAACAGCAAGAGUAACGCGGCAGGCUGGGUACCGACGUCGGUGAGUAGGACCGCGCAGCAGUUCUCUCACCCGCGCCCGCAACCUCCCGCCCCGCUACAGCCUAAACCACCCACCGCAACAGCGACUAGUAAAGACGCAGCAGGCAACUCCGCAGACGGAGAAGAUAACACGUGGUACAGUAUAUUCCCGGUGGAAAACGAGGAACUAGUUUACGGUACGUGGGAGGACGAAGUUAUAUGGGACGCUGAGAACAUGCCCGUCGUACCGAAACCGAAAAUACUGACCUUGGAUCCCAAUGACGAGAAUAUUAUUCUUGGAAUACCUGAUGAUGUUGAUCCGUCGAAGAUUACUCGAGAGAGGGGGCCACAACCCAAAGUGAAGAUUCCACACCCACACGUGAAGAAAUCAAAGAUCCUCCUGGGCAAGGCUGGAGUGAUCAAUGUCUUACAAGAAGACGCUCCGCCACCGCCGCCCAAGUCGCCUGAUAGAGAUCCAUUCAAUAUCUCUAAUGAUGUGUUCUACAUGGCCAAAUCUCAGAACCCGCGUCUUAAAGUGGGUGGCGGCCAAUUGAUCCAACACAGUACCCCUGUAGUGGAACUAAGGGCCCCCUUCAUACAGACCCACAUGGGUCCAGCCCGCCUGCGUGCUUUCCACCGGCCGCCUAUGAGAAAGCUGUCCUAUGGGCCCUUAGCGGCACCCGGGCCCCAUCCUGUGCAGCCACUGCUUAAACAUAUCAAGAAGAAGGCUAAGCAACGCGAAGCCGAGAGGUUGGCAUCAGGAGGUGGUGACGUCUUCUUCAUGCGAACUCCAGAGGACCUCAGUGGAAGGGAUGGUGAACUUGUACUCGUGGAGUUCUGCGAGGAACAUCCUCCACUCAUCAGUCAAGUCGGCAUGUGCUCCAAGAUCAAGAAUUAUUACAAACGCACUGCUGCUAAGGAUGAAGGCCCGAAGCCAUUGAAGUAUGGUGAGGUUGCUUACGCCCAUACGUCACCAUUCCUUGGUAUUUUGCCGCCGGGAGCUACGCAGGCUGUGGUGGAGAAUAACAUGUACAGAGCACCGAUUUACGAACAUACGCUGCAUCCUACUGACUUCUUGAUUAUAAGGACUAGGCAAUCUUACUACAUCCGUGAAGUGGAUGCGUUGUUCGUGGCUGGACAAGAGUGCCCUCUAUACGAGGUGCCCGGCCCUAACUCCAAGAGGGCCAACAAUUUUGUACGAGAUUUCUUGCAGGUCUUUAUAUACCGAUUGUUCUGGAAAUCUCGCGACAAGCCGCGCCGUAUUAAGAUGGAUGACAUAAAGAGAGCCUUCCCAUCUCACUCUGAGAGCUCCAUUCGAAAACGUCUCAAAUUGUGUGCAGAUUUCAAACGUACGGGAUUGGAUUCUAACUGGUGGGUAAUAAAGCCAGAUUUCCGUCUACCAUCUGAGGAAGAAAUCCGCGCGAUGGUAUCUCCGGAGCAAUGCUGUGCGUACUUCAGUAUGGCGGCCGCGGAACAGAGGCUCAAAGACGCUGGAUACGGAGAGAAAUUCAUAUUCACUCCUCAGGAAGAUGAUGAUGAAGAAAUGCAGUUGAAAAUGGAUGAUGAGGUAAAAGUCGCACCCUGGAACACAACGCGCGCCUACAUACAAGCGAUGCGAGGCAAAUGUUUGCUCCAACUGACCGGGCCGGCGGACCCUACGGGCUGUGGGGAAGGAUUCUCAUAUGUACGCGUCCCCAACAAACCAACACAACAACCCAAUGAGGAACAACAACCUAAACGAACAGUCACUGGUACUGACGCCGAUUUGAGAAGGCUCAGCUUGAAUAAUGCUAAAGCACUGUUGAGGAAGUUCGGAGUGCCUGAAGAAGAGAUCAAAAAAUUGUCAAGAUGGGAAGUUAUUGACGUGGUAAGAACGUUAUCUACCGAGAAAGCCAAAGCUGGUGAGGAAGGCAUGACUAAGUUCUCCAGAGGAAAUAGAUUCUCGAUUGCCGAACAUCAAGAAAGAUAUAAAGAAGAAUGCCAGCGUAUAUUCGAGCUUCAGAACCGUGUACUAACAAGCACAGAAGUGUUAAGUACAGACGAAGCAGAAAGUUCUGUCAGUGAAGAAUCAGAUUUAGAAGAGAUGGGUAAGAACUUGGAGAAUAUGCUCGCCAACAAGAAGACCACGGAACAGCUGUCAUUAGAAAGAGAGGAAGCAGAGAGAGCGGAGUUAAGAAAAAUGAUUCUUGGCCAGUCUGAAAAGAAGCCUCAGAUCAAUCAAAGCGACCAACAACAGUCAUCUAGCCAAGCCGGUCGCGUACUCCGUAUAGUCCGUACGUUCCGCAACGCGUCAGGCCAACGCUACACGCGAGUAGAGCUAGUGCGCAAGGCUGCCGUCAUCGAAGCGUAUAUGAAGAUACGGUCCACUAAAGACGAUGCUUUCAUACGUCAGUUUGCAACUAUGGAUGAAUCCCAAAAGGAAGAGAUGAAGAGAGAAAAGAGAAGAAUUCAGGAACAACUUAGGCGUAUCAAGAGGAACCAAGAGCGAGAACGACUCGCUGGAAACGUAACCGUUCCAGGGCCGUUCCCAGACAAUUCAAUGCUGUCUUCUUCAAUGGACAUGAGUUCACCGUCGCCUUUGAUUCCACUUGGACAAAUCAAGCAGGAACCAGAUCUUCAUACGCCAUCAUCAUCUUCUUCGAGGCGUCGUGCAAAGUUGAAACCGGAUCUUAAACUAAAGUGUGGUGCAUGCGGUCAAGUGGGUCAUAUGCGUACGAACAAGGCGUGUCCCUUGUACACGGGGUCCAUGGGAGGCCCGGUGUCUCCGCCCGAAGUGGACGUGGAACCACCGCCUUUGGAACCUGAUGAUGAUGACAUGGGAUACGUUGACGGCACCAAGUUGACAUUGCCUACGAAGAUUAUUAAGCAAUCAGCAGAAGACAUGAAGCGUCGUGGGUCGGGUAGACGCUCGGGCGGCGCGGGCGGCAGCGGGCAGGACGGGCGCGGGUCGGGGCGGCGCGCGCGGCGCGGGGCGGGCGGGGACGCCUGCGACUACCUGGUGCGCCGCCCCGCCGAGCGGCGCCGCACGGACCCGCUCGUCACUCUGUCGUCGUUGCUAGAGGAUGUCCUGAACCACAUGAGGCAUCUCCCCGACGUGCAGCCCUUCUUAUUCCCUGUUAAUCCUAAGUUGGUAGCAGACUACUACCGCAUAGUAUCUCGACCGAUGGACCUGCAAACUAUCAGAGACAAUCUAAGACAGAAACAUUAUCAAAGCAGAGAGGAGUUCCUGGCAGAUGUCAACCAAAUAGUCGAGAACUCGACUCUUUACAACGGACCGACAAGCAGUCUGACGGUAGCCGCGCAACGAAUGCUCCAGCGAUGUGUCGAGAAGUUAGCUGAGAAAGAGGAACAACUGAUGAAACUCGAGAAACAGAUCAAUCCACUGCUUGAUGAUAAUGAUCAGGUGGCGUUAUCAUUUAUCCUAGAGAACUUAUUGACAACUAAACUGAAAAUAAUGCCUGAGGCGUGGCCAUUCCUGAAGCCGGUAAACAAGAAACAAGUGAAGGACUACUACAAUGUCAUCAGGAAACCUAUCGACUUGGAGACUAUGGGCAAGAAGAUACAAGCUCACAAGUACCAUAGCCGCAACGACUUCUUGCGAGACAUCCAGUUGUUGGUGGACAACUGUCGCGCUUACAAUGGACCCAACUCACAGUUCACGAGACAGGCCGAAAUCAUACUCAAGGUCACACAGGAAGCUCUGGAACAGUUCGGUGAGCACGUAAGUCAGCUAGAAGCGAACAUAUCCCGGGUACAACAGAAGAUGUUGGAGGAGGCGGAUCACUCCGACUUGGAUGUAGAGGACCCGGUCCCUCCGCCCUCCGAUGAGAAGAGAGGCCGCGGACGACCGAGGAAGCAUAAACCUUCCACUUCUACUUCUGCUGCUGAUGGUGCAACACCAAGGAAACGAGGAAGACCAAGGAAAGAUCAGAAUUCAUUGGAAGAAGAUCUCCAGUACAGCGACAGCGGCAGUUCCGAGCUGGAGGAAGUUGAGCAGAAAGUGGCUGCCGAGGCUAUGGUGCAGUUGGCUGUACGACCACCGUAUCAGGACGAUGAUCCGCCUCUAGGCGAGCCAAGUUUCGAUACAUCAGAGUUCCUAAUAAAGCGUGAGGUACCGGACGAGCCGCCACAACCCUCGGACGAUUUCGUGGACCUAGACCAGCAUAGUACUGACUAUUCGUUCCCACCUGUAGUUAAGGAGGAGCCAAUGGAACCAGACAUGGGCAUGGAUCAACAGAUGAUGGGAACCGCAGGACUGGAACCUCCGCCACAGUUCAAGGAAGAACCGCCAGAAAACUGGCAGGCCGAUCCUGCGAUACAAGACGAUUUACAAGUCACGGACAGUGAGGAAGAGCCGGAAGAUGGACUUUGGUUCUAA